GCUGCUGCAUAUUUAAAACAAAAACUCAUUUAAAAAAAUGUGCUGGGAGCCUUGGCAGUCCUGGGAUGCAUUGGUAAGUCUGCGGGUCAGAUUGGCAGGUCUGAGGGUCAGAUUGGCAAGUCUAGGAAUGCAUUGACAAGUCUGAGGGUCAGAUUGAUAAGUGGGAAUGCAUUGGCAAGUCUGGGGGUGAUGGAUACAUACCAUGGCAGGUGGAGCAGUACACUUUGGAUAUACUGACCAAUUCUAUGUCACUUUACAGAGUUAUAGGGACCAUAAACUACGAUCAAACAGCACCAAAAUGUCCAAGAAAAGAAAAGUUGAUGCAGAGGGAAGACAAUUUAAUGAGAGAUGGGAAAGCAAAUACAUGUUUGUGCUUAAUGAAGACAAGCCAGUAUGUCUUCUUUGCUACGAGGCAGUGGCAGUGAUGAAGGAAUACAAUUUACGUCGGCACUUUGAGACCAAACACGGAGCCAAGUAUGCUAACCUUAACCACCAAGAAAAGCAACAAAAAGUCCAAGAAUUAAAAGGCAGUCUGCAUUCUCAACAGAAUAUUUCUGCAAAAAUUACAGCAAAAAAUGAUGCAGCAGUGAAAGCCAGCUUUGUUGUGGCUGAAGAAAUCGCCCGAGCUUCAAAGUGCUUUUCAGAAGGUGCAUUUGUAAAACAGUGCAUGCUGAAGGUAUGCGAACUGGUGUGCCCUGAGCAGAGACAGGCUUUUAACAAUAUCAGCUUGUCAAGAAACACUAUCGCAGACCGAGUCAGGGAACUAGCGGGUAAUCUGACAACACAGCUGGCUGAAGAAGCCCACAGUUAUCUGGCGUUUUCAUUAGCUGUUGACGAAAGCACUGACAAUACUGAUACAGCUCAUCUAGCCAUUUUUGUAAGAGGCGUGAAGGCAGACUUGUCUGUCAGUGAGGAGCUCUUGGAUGUGGUCGCCAUGCACGGGACAACAACUGGGAGGGACAUCUUCAAUGCGGUGGAGGAGUCCGUAAGUAAAAUAAAAUUACCCUGGGAAAAGUUGGUGGGGCUUACUACUGAUGGCACACCUGCAAUGUGUGAAGAGAGAACUGGCUUGGUUGGACUGUUGAAAAAUAAAAUGCAAAAACCGCUAAUAACUUACCAUUGCAUUAUCCACCAAGAAGCUCUGUGUGGCAAGAUUCUGGAACUGGAUAACAUAAUGGCCACAGUCACGAAAGCUGUGAACUUCCUUCGUGCACGGGGCCUGAAUUAUCGUCAGUUCCAACUAUUUUUGAAGGAGGUGGGCACGGAACAUACGGUUGUGCCAUACCAUACAGAAGUAAGGUGGCUGAGUAGGAGCACCGUUCUCAAGCGAUUUUUUGAUCUUUUGGAAGAAAUUUCUCUUUUCAUGCAAAGUAAAGGGAAGCCCUUGCCCGAACUGUCAGAUCCAAACUGGCUGUGUGAUUUUGCCAUGUUGUGUGAUAUAACAGAGCAUCUCGCCCAACUGAAUCAGAUGCUGCAGGGCCGCCAACAAGUCAUAACGGCAAUGUACGACGCAAUCACAGCUUUUCAGGAGAAACUGCGCUUAUGGAAGUCCCAGCUUGAACAAGACAGUCUUGCCCACUUUCCUAUAUGUCAGAGCAUCUCAGCCUCAUUCCCGGGUGCUUUUUCAUGUGCUCGAUUGGCUACCAAAGUGAAUCGGCUGAUUAAUGAAUUCGAUCGGCGCUUCUCUGACUUUAAAGAACAGCAUUUAACCUUUACCAACUUUGCCAAUCCUUUCACUAUCGAUGUUGACAGUGCACCACAUCACCUUCAGAUGGAAUUAAUAGAACUUCAGUGCAACAGUAGCCUGAGAGCAAAGUUCCAGGAUACUGCAGUCGAGGACUUUUACCGUCUCAUCCCCCCUGCUUUGAUGCCACAGCUCCGACUUCAAGCUGCCCGUGUUCUGUCCAUGUUUGGAAGCACCUACCUAUGCGAACAGGUGUUUUCAGUUAUGAAUCUGAACAAGACCAAGCACAGAUCACGCAUCACCGAUGACAACCUCCACGCUGUUUUACGGAUUGCUACUGCACAAGACCUAAAGCCAGAUAUCGACGAACUGACCUCAGGAAAACGGUGUCAGCUAUCUUACAAGAAAUCAAAUAAAAAUUGAUCAAUGGAUGAGGAAGGUGUUUGAUAUGGUGUCUCAAGGUGAGGUGUGAUCUACUUGAUAUGUACAGGGCCAGACAACAUCACCUUAUCAACUUCAUAUGCCACAGAUUGCACAUUAGAUCAGAGCACAAUUAUUUGUUUUGUAAUAGUUCUGCCUGUCUCAACUGGGACCAAAAAGUUAAACAAAGUUAAUGUAAUAAACAGUGCUUGUUCAUAUUUGUCUGUUGUUUAAAAUAAAUAACCUUCUGUUACCAAAACUCAUUUUUCAAUAAAUUGUACAAUAGUUGUACACUUGAAUAUC